AUCACAGCUCGCCAAGUAAAGCUGUCAACGUUUUCAUUUCCAUGAAUGGACGAGAUUCUUCUAUCACUUUAAAUUUCGUACUAUUUCUAUUUAUUCUGUUACAAGUUACGGUAUACGUAGCAGCUGGAGUUAAAUUUAGCGUAGCCCGUUAUCAAAUAUUAGUGCAAAAUGUAUAAAUUAAGUGUGUUUCAUUUAUUAUUCAUCGCGGCAAUCGUGCAGGUAUCGCUUGCACUGAAGGAAGGCGAAUGUGAAGUCUGUAUUAAAACUGUGGAGAAAUUCGCAGCCACGUUAACAGACGAUGUCAAGAAGAACCCCAAAUCAAUCGAAACUGAGUUCAAGAAGUUUUGUAAAGGUUCCAAGAAUAAAGAGAACAGAUUUUGUUACUACUUAGGCGGCCUAGAGGAGUCCGCCACCGGCAUCCUGGGUGAGCUGUCGAAGCCGCUCAGUUGGUCCAUGCCCGCUGACAAAAUCUGUGAAAAGUUGAGGAAGAAGGACGCACAGAUCUGCGACCUCAGAUUCGACAAACAGAUUGACUUGAACAAUGUUGAUCUGAAGAAACUCAAAGUACGAGAUCUGAAGAAGAUUCUGAACGACUGGGAUGAGGUCUGCGACGGCUGCAUCGAGAAGACUGACUUCAUCAAGAGAAUAGAGGAGCUAAAACCCAAGUACAUGGGCAAAACUGAAUUGUAAAA